GACAAAAAAUUCAACACACCAGCAAGUGUGUGAGGAGACCUGAAAGUGGCACAUGGCAGAGUGUGGCGAUGGAGACAGCAGCAAUGGGAGGCCGUACAGGGACCCAUGACAGACUCUGGACCUGGCAGCAGCAUGAGGAGGCGGUAUAUAGGGGCCCAUGGCAGAUUGGGGGCCUGGCAGCAGCUAUGGGAGGCCCGUAAUCUGCCAGCACCCUAUGUCAAAAAAUUCAACACACCAGCAUGUGUGAGGAGACCUGAAAGUGGCACAUGGCAGAGUGUGGCGAUGGAGACAGCAGCAAUGGGAGGCCGUACAGGGACCCAUGACAGACUCUGGACCUGGCAGCAGCAU